AAAUUUGCUGAGUUUAUUAUGUGACUGAAAGGUGAAUUCAAUUUAGAGAUCCUCACUGAUGUUUGGACUCAGGAUGGGUAGAAGAUAUUUGCAAAGUUGAAUGAUGUUUAUGUUCUACGCUGUCCUCCCAUCCAGAGAGAAGGAUAUCUAUGGACGAGCUACUAGAUCUGAACUGAAGCGUACUAUAUAGGUCGAGGAUGGGAUCAAUCUUUCUUAAAAUUUUGAAUUGUAACGGCUAAUCUCGUGCAUGCUGUCAUCUAUGAGUUACUUUUUACAUUUUUGUGAGGAGUUUUGGUUACACGUGCUACGAAUGCAUUAGAGCUGAGCUCCCCGUAUUUGAUAACUGAGAGUUUCCAGUUUACUGACAGAUGAAGUAUUGGCUUCCUCUGCCAUUAAAGCUGCUCGAAAUAAUUUCAGCAUUUCUGUCUUGUUCCUCAGAAGCUUACUAUAAUACCAUCCUUACCUAUUCUGUUUUAAAAUUAAUUAGUUUGUAACUGCUACAUCUUUUUCUGAGUUAUUUCACUUUAGAAAUGAGAAUCCGUAACAGUCGCCCUCCAUUUCCUCUUCCUUCAGUAUCAGAUCCUACAUCAAGGUUUACGCAUCGUCUCCCAUCAGGAAAUGGCCUUUACUUUGAUGACCGUUUCUUGGUUCAAGAAACCAAUCGCCAAAUUGGAUGGUCAUUCUUCCACUUGAAAAAUGCUGCACGUCAAGUUUCUGAAGAAUGUGGGGAGUUGAAUAAGGUGCUAACUAUGGAAACCAGACCAAUAAAUUGUCAAGACAAGGAAAAAAGGAAAAGCUAUCGCAUGCAGGAGAAAUCCAGUCAAGCUAUGGGAGGACCACAUGAAGCACAGGCCAACAGAGCUGAUGAAGGCAGUGAACCCUACAUGUUCAUUAAAGAUAACAAAGACGGAAAUACCUCUAGUGGUGCAGUUAACUUCGACAUUGCACAGCCUUUUACUUCCUAUGAACUUGGAGGGGAAGUAUCAGACAAGAAGAAAAAACAAAUUUGCCUGCUAGAGACUGAGAUGGUAAGAGGCAGGAAGGAAGAUGCAAUACUUGAAAAAAAUAUGGAACUGGGAAAUGUUUCUGAGAAAAGUAUAGAAGAUGAAUAUGGUAGCAAGAGGACUAGGACUCUUUUUUGUCCUACAAACUGUGAAUAUUUCUUCCUUCCUGAAAAUGAGGGCUUUGAGGGAUAUGGAGGAAUGCAAGGUGGAAUGAGCUUUGAGGAUAUGGUUGUUGAGACGAAGGAGAAGCCAAGAAGGGUAAAGAAAAGGAAGGAAGGUGAUCAAUCUGGAGAUGCCAAGUGGUAUACCGAAAGGUUCAUCGGCAAACAAGCUUCAAACGAAGGAAAGUCAUCAAAGAGAGGAAAGCAUACUGCCGAUGCCCAAUGGGAAAAACGGAUGCAGAGGAGGAGUAGUAGACCAAGGAAUGCGAGUAAUCUCUCUCGAUAAGUGGAAACUUUGAGUACUCUCUCUCACUCUUCCCUCUAAUGGUUAUGUUUUAUGAACUUCACAUACAUCUGCAUGCAUGAUUGGGAUGUUUCAUGGACACAUAUAUACAUUACCAUAUGCAUGGUCAUUUCUUUCUAUAUUCGCCUGUGUUCAAUAUAUUGAAUAUGGUAACAGGAAUCUAAUUAUGCAGAAGCUGAGAAAGACAAAGUCGAGGAGCGGAAGGCCAAGGAAGCUAUUAAGUUGGUUUGCAUUUACCUUAUGACAAUAUGCUUUAUGGCAUCACUAUAAACCAUAUAUACUCAAGUCUUUGAAACUGUUUGAACAGUCUUUUACAUAAAAGAGCAAUGAAAAGUUAGUUUUCCUGGUUA